AUGCCCACUUUCAAAGACAAAGAAGAUUUCAUUAAGCAAACGAAUGUCAAGGCAGAAAAGAACCAAGAAUUAAUCAAGUUUGCCCGUGACAACCUUAACCAUUUACCAUUCACUGAAAAAGACGGAGGUGCUUGGGAAAACUAUGAACGAAUGAUCAGUGGUAUGCUCUAUAACUGCUUGCAGAAAGAAUUAGAGACAACACGUAUGUCUUGCAGAGAUUAUAUGUUGGAUUAUGGCAGUUUCAGAACUAGAGAUUAUAAAACAACCCAAGAAUUUCUUGAUGCAAAAUACAAACAUUUAGAAAGCUUUAUUGGGCAUGUUGGCAAAAGUGCAUUUAUGGAAUAUCCAAUCUAUUUCGAUUAUGGGUUUAACACUUAUUUGGGCGACAAUUUCUAUUCCAAUUACAAUUUGACAAUUUUGGACGUUUCCAUAGUGAGAAUUGGCAAUAAUGUCAAGUGUGGUCCAAACGUAUCUAUCCUUACCCCAACACACCCAGUUGAUCCCACUUUACGCUAUGAUCAAUUGGAAAACGCUUUGCCUGUGAUAGUAGGUGACGGGGUCUGGUUGUGUGGAAGCUGUACCAUUCUUGGUGGGGUAACAGUUGGUGAUGGCAGUAUCGUGGCUGCUGGUGCUGUUGUCAACAGGGACGUUCCACCAAACACUGUUGUUGCAGGAGUUCCUGCAAGAGCAGUGAAACAAUUGGAACCUAGAGACCCUAACUUUGACACAAUGGCAGUGUUGAAAGAAUAUGGUAUGGGUUAUAUAGAUUAG